UCAAAAAACGAUGUCGUUUCCUGUAAUAUAAUUAGAGGAGGUUCAUGAUCCACCUGUCCGGCCCUUUCAAGGAACAGUGACAGCGCCAUUGGACUUCUUCCUUUUCGAAUUUCAAUUUCUGCUCUUUUGCUCUUGCUUUCUUUUGCCGCUUUCUACUGUAUCAAUACACAUUAAUAAUAUUUUCCUUAUUGUUUGUUUAUCUUUUUUAAUGGUCAGUUUUAUUGCACCUGGGAUAUUUGCAUUCAGUUUCUUUAAUAGUUCUCCUGUUUGCUUAUGAAUCCUUAAUGCUAUUGACCGAAUUUUCUUGUUCUAAUUUGAAAUGCAAGAAAGCAUUUCUAAAUUGUUUAUUCAUUCUUUCAUGAAAGGUUUAGUCUUUGGACAGUGUGCGCUUCAGUGUUAACUGGGGUGGAUUCUUAAGAGACUUAAGUUGUUUUUUGUGCAAUUUCUGCUUCUGAAGUGGACGUGGAAUCCUUCAAUGGAUAUGGUGCAUUACAACUGACUGCUGCUUGUCUCGUAUGUUCGGAAGGGGAAAAAGUGGUGCAUGUUUUGGAGUUAAUCACGUGGCUUGCAGUUUUGGGUUUUGGACUGGACGAUCAACAACUUGCCCUCUAACCAGUGGGUCAUUGGCUCUGAUUAUGAAAUUACCUAUUGUGAAGCUCUACUUGCAUUUCUCUCACAAUUUUGGGGAUUCUGCAUGCAUGGGGUUUAAAAUUCUUUGGAAGGUCUAAAGGAAGGGGGAGGGGGUUCAUAGAACUCACAAUGGAGCAAUAUGAAAUUCUCGAGCAGAUAGGCAAAGGUUCCUUUGGUUCAGCUCUUCUUGUGAGGCAUAGACAUGAAAAGAAGAAGUAUGUUAUGAAAAAGAUCCGUUUGGCUCGUCAGACUGAUAGAGCCCGCAGGUCUGCGCACCAGGAGAUGGAACUUAUUUCAAAAGUGAGAAAUCCAUUUAUUGUCGAGUACAGAGAUUCAUGGGUAGAAAAGGGAUGCUAUGUGUGCAUUAUCAUAGGUUAUUGUGAAGGUGGAGACAUGGCAGGAGCUAUAAAAAAGGCUAAUGGUGUUCAUUUUCCUGAAGAGAUAGUUACUUUUGAGGAAGUUUUUCCAUUUUGCUGUUUGUACAGUGAUACAGAGCUUUGGGCCAUUUAUACUUUAUAUUUCACUGUAAAAGAAUAUGCAGAAACUUUGCAAUUGGCUUGUUCAACUGCUAAUGGCACUAGAUUACUUGCAUGCCGACCAUAUACUUCAUCAUGAUGUCAAGUGUCCAGGAGACAACAUGGGGAGUGAUGUUCUUCUGAAGAAUCCUGAUAGAAAUGUGUCCACUUUUGCAAUGAAACUCAUAUAUGCAGAAUCUCUGGGAUCUCAUGGAAAACCAAGUCUCGGCAUCCAUCUGCUAUUGAAUUUAGAACCAACUAACUAGAGGUUGAAAAUCUCCGAAAGGUGAAUUUAAAAAUCUUGGUUAUGUUUUUAAAGAGUUAGGAUAUUGCUUGAUGAGCCGCGACUCCUCCUUGCUCAAAUAUGUGACUAGUUCAUUGGUGGUCAAGAGUUGGAAUGAAGCCUAUUAGAAUCUGGCACAACAAAAGGUCAAGUUAUACCAUUUUAUGAGAGAAACUGAAAGAAGGAAGGGAUCCACCAAUAAUAGGUCAGUUCCAAAUAGUACAAAGGACACUGUUUAAGAAGAAAGAAUUACAAGGUUCAAACCUGGUUUGAAACGGCAACAAGGUCGGAUCAUGCGGAAACGAGAUGGGUUCAUGGCAGCAGUGGCAUUAUGAUUAUUAUUCCACAGUUUUGACAGUGUCUUUGUUUCUUCUUCCCUCAUAUAGAUUACUUUAUAGGCAUUUAGGACAUGUUUUUUGCAUCUGUUUUGCACAUGUAAAUAGUUAUUAUUCUUCUAUUAAUAUUUUUAGUUAUUUUUUUAAAA